CUGCAGAUCCGUCGUCGGAGCCGUUGCGCACCCAUUAUAAUCAAUGUGUGAGAUUCCACCGACUGCAGAUCCACUGCGUAAUGAGUCCGACAACGCAGGGCCAUCCGACAGCCCUCGCAACACUUGCGCAGAGCUUCUAUUUUUGUCGGACGACGGAGCACUACGCAUAAAUUCAGCACAGAGCAGAUCGUUCGGGACAGGAAGUCGUGCACAGACACAAAAUAAAACAUCCGGUAUAUUUUCAAAAUAAAAUACCUCGGCUUCACGGCGGAUCGUAUUUCACAACUUGAAGACGUCAUGAUGGGCGGGGACAGACCUGAAGUCAACAGGUUAGAGGUUUUCAUUGUCUUUUCACCCCACUGACACCAUGGAUGAGGAGAUGUUUAUUCUGGAAAUCCAAAAUCAUCCUAUUAUAUAUGACCCGUCACAUCCUUUAUAUAAGGACAACUAUAGAAAGGAAGUGGCUUGGAAAACAGUUGCAGAAGUAAUGGGGGUGGAUGUUGAUCUCUGCAAGGCAAAAUGGCGUUCACUGAGGGACUGCUUUGUCAGGAGCCGAAAGAAGGUGUUUGCCAGCGGCUCAGCAGGGGGAUCACAAAAGCCAUGGAAAUACAUAGACAUCAUGUCUUUUCUUUUGCCCCACCUACAGCCGAGAAGUUCGAAAAGCAACCUAGCAGAGGAGGAGAGGUCAUCCACACCAUCCACACCAGUAUCUGCAUGUGGAUCUGAUGAACAGGCUCCUUCCACUGCAUCAGUGCCACCAGUGUCCGUUUCUCUUACGGCAAGUGGAGUGAGUGGAGCACAGACGGUUUCCACAGCACAGUCUGUGCCGGGGCCUACUACAUCUCGGCCCCACAGGUCCCGGAGCCCAAGGGAGAGGGGGGGUCGCACCAACCCAAGGAGGAGCCACAGACCAGCACAGAGCUCGGAUGUGGAAGACCGGCUCCUGUCUAUUUUAGAAGAGCCAAUCUCAAAACCAGAGAGUGAAAUUGAUGAGUGCUAUUACUUUUCACUGAGCCUCAUCCCACAACUCCACAGACUGGACCAAAACAAAAGGAGGCAGGCCAAAAUAGGAAUUUUAAACCUGCUGCACAACAUUGAAAACAGCCCUUCAUCAACACAGCAAUCACCACACCCAAGCUAUACUCAAAGUCAACCCCCUAUUACAUCCCACACACACUUUGUACCUCUGCAGAGGUCAGAUACAUUUGCACAUCCCCCGCCAUUUAGGCCAAUAGGGCCCUUCACACAAAUGCUGGCCUCAGAGGAUUACCUGCAUUUGGGGGAGGGCAGCAGCGGAUACUCAGAUCUGUAA